CUUGUAUCUUGACACUGAAUUACAAUGGAGGGUGGAGACAGGAUCAGUGCAUUGCCCGACGCGAUCCUUCACAAAAUCCUCUCCGACGUCGACGUCCAAACCGCAGUUCAGACCUUCGUGCUGGCGAAACGAUGGAGGUAUGUUUGGACUUCUCUACUUAACCUCGAGUUGGAUCAUGAAGAUUUCUUCACCCGACGGGAGGAAGAUCGUGGCUUACCUUUCGACACGAAACUCCGACGUUUCACACUUUUCGUCGAUGGGGUCUUGUCCCGGAGAGACAGCUCAGAUCUCUGCGCCUUGACCCUCGUAUGCCCUUGUGAUAAAGUUGAUCGGAGCAUUAUUAUCGAGAAAUGCUUGUGUUGCGCAGUUCGCACAACGUUCAACGACUCUAUCUGUGGGUCACCAAGGGUGGGGAGGGAUUCGAAUUCCCUAGCUGCCUUAUAAACUGUGGAUCACUACAAGUACUGAAACUUAAAUGUUCAGGCAUUUUCUCUCCGGACGACGCGUUGCACUUGCCAAUGCUGCGCUUGCCGACGCUGAAAACACUACACAUUCAAAAGUUUUGGGAUUCUGCCAAUUUCAUCAGUGGAACUGUUGAUCAUUGUCCCAGUUUGGAAACGCUGAUUUUGGACGGUAUAGGAACUGAUAAUCUUAACAUCACCGCUCCGAAGCUUAGGAGGCUGGACAUAUUCUACGAAACGUACGGAUUACGUUGGGAGUUAUGUGACGAAUCGGUGGUCGCAAUUUCAGCGCCGAGACUAACUUCAUUCAAGUUGAGAGGAGAUUAUGUUUCGCCUGUAUUUUCUACGGUGUACCUUCCUUGUCUGACCGAUGUGUAUAUCGACUUGGGCCCAGAAGGAGCAUGGGGUAAUGAAGAUAGGUUCCCACUCGACGUGAUGAACAUGCUCAGACGGCUUGGAGAAGCAAAAUACGUUACAUUGUCCUCGAAGACCCUGCAGGUUCUUGCAAAGGAUCCCGACUUGCUCAAGAGUCAUCCUUCUCCAUUUCAUCAGUUGAAGCAGCUAAAGUUGACACAGCCAAUGGGAUGUUAUCGUUAUCGUGAUUUUUAUUGGGAUUGGCAAUGUUCUAGUGUUACUCUGCCACUAGACGUUAUAAGCUACCCGACUCAGGGUUCCUUAUCUGGUGGCACCUUGGUUGUGACCCCUGAGGUAGUUAUUAAUCAGCCUUUGUUGUGAUCCCUGAGAUAGUAAUCGACUUCCUCCCUACUUAUGUUCAUGCUUGAUCCAAUUUGAUUGAAUUUAGUACAUAUGAGUGAUUCAUGUCAUUAUCAUUUCCCCUAUUAAACUGUAGAUGUGAGUAUUUUAGAUCAAAGUUUUGGACACGUAUUUAUCUUCAUAUCUAUUUAUUUUGAUACCUAUUUAGCAGUUUUUGCUCCAACUUUAUCUUCAUCAUGGUUUUUAAAAUCCUACGAUACAGGAUGCAUGUUCUAUACGAUUCAUAUCUUCUUCUUUCAAAACUAUACGCUUUCCACCCCGUAUCGUUUUUGUAUAGAUAUCCUAGGAUACGAUGGCGCAUCCUACGAUACAAUUGUUUACCCUGUUUCAGUACGUAUCCUACGAUUGCUUAUUGAGCAAAAGUUAUACCAGAUUAGAGCUUGAAUAGAAGAAAAAACGUAUGUGGAUCAUGUUUUGCCUGAAUCAGAUAAGUACUCUUCUUCUCUGCCCUUAACCAAGACACUCAAAAGCCUCGAUGUGAUAGACUCCACUUGGGAGACUCGGAAUUUUUCAUCGUAGAAACUUUUUUUUGGUAUAGAAAACACUUAUUUUUCAUAUACAAUGGGUUCUUACAUUGUAAUAAGGUAUAAUUAUCUCUCUCUUUUUCUGGUAAAUGUAAAGGUAUAACUAUCUUUUAUUGUAUAUUAGCUUUUGAACUUUAUCAAAGUCUUAUCAAGUUUAUGUGAGUAUUGUUCUUGAGUAUCUUUGUCUUGCUCUCAUGUUACAUUAGUUCCAACUAUUGCUCUCAUGUUCAAUGAAUUCGAAGCGAUUCCAUUCUGGAAAGAUUCAUGCCUCUAUAUCAUUGCUUGUGUAGGAUGAUCCAUAUGGUUGAUAAUAGUAAAUCCUUCAAGAACCCUAUUUUGGCAAGCAGAUACAGAAGUUGCGGGAAAUAAUCUUGGAAGAAACCCUGCUGUUGUGACAGACGGUUGGGUAUUUAGGUGAUUCGUUCUUGGAUAUUGGUUUUAAGCAUGAGGUUGGAACUUCAACAAUCUUAGAAAUGGUUGUUUUGAUAGCUAAGUGGGUAACAUAUUAUCUUGUUGAAUUAUGGGGGAUUUGCUUUUGAAUUAUGUUCUUAGCAGGUAGCAUACGAUUGCUGUCUCUUUUUGCAGUUUUAUAUAUGAACUUAUCGAAAGAAGUAGCUAUGUACUUGAUGGUGGGUCAGUUGAUUUAUGGGAUGGGAUCUGUGUCCAUUUUGCUAAA